GCCCCAGCUCGCAAUGCAAUCGAGCAUACCAUAAAGAGCGAUUUUGCGACCAAUCAUUCCCACUACGGCCUCUUCAAUGGCCGCCCGAAUACCAAAAACGAUGAUGCAUGGCGAGAACUUGUGAAUCCGACAUACUUCUCGGUGACGGACAGUGAGAUGCAAGCCGCAAAAAUGUCGACCGACGAAGCAAUUCCACUAGCAGAAGGCGGAUAUCUUGGAGCCCUGGCUGUAUAUCAUCAACUUCAUUGCUUGAGAAGGUUGAGAGUGUAUAUAUAUAAAGAGGCUUACUAUAGCGAGGAGGAUCUAGAGGAUAUCAAGAAUGGGCCAAUGGACGAUUACACACAUGCGCAUUUAGACCAUUGUAUCGAGGCACUUAGACUGCUGGUUAUGUGUCGAGGAGAUGUGAGUCUAUAUACGUUUACUUGGGCGAAGGAUUACCCCAAUGCAACUAAGAAUAUUUUGUCAAGAGUAAAUGCACCAAGGCAAUGCGUGGAUUGGGAUAGACUGGAGAGCUGGGCAAAGGAGAGGGCAGUCCCUUGGUCACCAAAGCUGGUUGAUCCAAGUGGGGAGAUUGUUACAGGAAAUGCUUGAUAACGG